UUGUACCGAUUGAACACGUACAAUAGUACUAUACUUAACAACAAUUCACUCAUGGAUCGUUCUCACAGAUCAAUCAAGAUUUAGUAGGCGUGCAUAUAUAUAUCAUGGUAAAAUUUGACUGUUGUACUUAUGUCGAUUUAUAAUUGUUUUGUACGCUCUGUCAAACACAUGUAUAUAUCGUCUGAAAAUGUCACAUAUGGAUAGAGGUGACACUACAUGUUGGUGCUGUUCGAACUGUGUUGGAUUAAAGAGAAUUUUUGCUAGAUUCUUUGUGGAUUUAAGCAUAUGGAUAAUCGUUGGUGUUCCAGUAUUGUAUUUGUAUAAAAACAGUGUACCAUACAGGCGAGGUUUUUUCUGUAACGAUGACAGUUUACGUUACCCAUACAAAGAAAACACCAUAUCUGACGAUUUACUGCUGCUCAUUGGUUUCGCUUUACCAUUUGUUGUUUUUAUCAUUAAUGAAUCUGAGAGAUACCGGGUAACUAGAAGGACUGACCACAUCAACAAAUACCUGGUUGUAUUUUUGAAGAUCUCGUGUGCCUAUGCAUUUGGGUUUACUAUGAUAGAACUGGUAAUUCAGGGAGCCAAACCAGCUAUUGGACGCCUACGGCCACAUUUCUUCGAUGUUUGUAAACCUGAUUUUUCAAAGAUUGAUUGCACUAAAGGGUAUAUAACAGAUUAUAACUGUACAAAUACUAACACUAGUGCUUCAGCGCAUAGAGAGAGCAGAUUAUCAUUUCCAUCUGGACAUGCUGGAUUUGCUAUGUACAGUGCUAUUUUCACGUCGUUAUAUAUGGAAAAACAGGUAACUCUUCGAUGUUCUGCUGUUGCAAAAUGUUUCACUCAGACAGCAAUGGUAUUGUUGGCUUUAAUGUGUGCUGUUACACGCCUGUAUGACAACCGACAUCACGUUUCAGACAUUGUAGCUGGUAGCGUUUUAGGCGCCGUUAUUGGAUUUUAUAUGUUUAAGGUCCUAGGAGAGAAAGCUUUACGUUCGCGUACACUUCAUUUAAAAAUUCCAUUUUUAAUGCGAAGGCCACAACAUCGAAAAGGAGAGAUUUCUACGCCGACGCCACUGUUGAGUCAAACAUGUUCAUCGUCAUCAACCACCGAGAUGAACCAUUACUUUAUUGGUCGUGAUGGAAAGGAGUCUAAUUUAAGUAAUGUCUGAUCAAAGUAAUGUGUUAUAUCAUGUGACAAAUAGACAAGAAUGCUAUACUUAAAUUGACGGUGUCGAUGGAGACGCUAUUGUUAUUCAAGGAAAUAUCAAAAUCAGAAACACCAUUUCCGUUGUAGGAAUUUCUUCCUGGGAUUUUUUUUUUUUAAUAAAUUUUCUUCUGUGAAAUGUGCCGUUUUCAAAAAACAAUACAAACCUAUAAAUGAAUCUACGCAAUUACACGUCAUCGAUGACACGUUUUAUUGUGUGAUUAGAAACUAAUAUGGUGAAAGAAGAAUACAUUUUAAAGAACAAAGUAUCAAUUACACAUAUGAACAAGAAAAUCAGAUGCGAUAGCAUAAACGGAACAAUUAUGGAGAUAUAACCACAUUUUCCCAUAACUCCAAUAAAGACUCAAAAUAAACGUCAAAAGAUUAACAAAUAGUAGAAUUUCGUACUCUACAUGCGCUGCUACAGAACGCAUGUGUUCCAUUAGUACAAUAAUCAUCUAAAAGAAUCGACAGAUUUGUAAAUAUAAAGUUGUUAUACUCUUUCAUAAUAUUUAUGUGACUUGUUACAAUGAUUUUUUAAUAAAAGAAGAAAUUGAA